AUGGCGACUCGUCAAGACAGUUUGCACUCGGUUCCAGUCCAUGCAGACUUCCAAGACUCGUCACGACAGCACUCAGUUCCAGUCAACGCAGACUUCCAAGACUCGUCACAACAGCACUCGCUUCCUGUCCACGCAGAGUUCCAAGACCCGUCACGACAGCACUCAGUUCCAGUCCAUCCAGAAUUCCAAGACUCAUCACGUCAGCGCUGUGUUCCAGUACACACAGUCUUCCAAGACCCGUCACCUAAGUGCUCGGUACCAGUCCACACAGACCUCCAAGAGUUGUCACGUCAGCGCUUCCAAGACACAUCAUGUCAGCGCUUGGCCCCAGCCGCUGCAGACUUCCAAGACUCUUCACGACAACGCUCGAUGCCAGAAAGAGAAAACUAUCGGGAACUGCUACAACAACAUACAGUCAACUAUCAAGUAUCAGUGCAAAGACCUACGAAACCAACAAGAGUAAACUACCGAGGGUCAACACCAAGAUAUACUCUUCCAGCUCCAGUAAGCUACCAAGAGCCACUUCCCUACACUCCAUCGCCAAUUGCCUUAGGCAAAGACGGUGUGCAACACCUCACGGAAGCUUUGGCUAAGGUCACACAACUCCAACAUCUUCCACAAGCGAAACCGGACAUCUUCAAAGGAGACGAAUCAGAUACGAAGUUAUUUAUAUGGGAAACAGCUUUCGACGCGCUAAUAGAUUCUGCUCCAAUCAGCACCCAGCAGGAACUCUAUCUUCUAUACAGCAUCUAGACGGAAGAUAAAAAAGAAACAGUGGAGCAGCUGUAAUUCAUGGUUGGUGCUGAUCCGGACCUAGCCUACGAACAGGCCAGGACAAAACUUAGGCAACGUUUUGGUAGAUCGGCGAUUGUCGCAACCGACUUUGAGAGAAAGUUAACAAAUUCGCCUAAAAUUGGAAACCAUGAUGCCCAGGGCUUAAGAGACUUUAGUGAUUUMMUUGAGCAUGUAGCCAUCGCCAGCGUGCACAUGAACUCCCUGAAAAUAUUUGAAUAUCCAUCAAAGUUGCAGUCCCUCGUCGAGAAAUUACCACCUUAGUUUCACGCAAAAUGGUCUACUGAGGCUCAAAACCUGCAAMAAGAAAGGGGAUGUGAUGUUUUCCCAAGMUWUUCAGACUUUGUCCGUCAAGUGACUUACCACGCACACCGCAUGAACAUCCCACAAAUCACAAGACAAAGCACCCAAACUAACAAUCCUGGACAGCACUCUUGUGCAACCUAUGAAGAACAUUUGGAAGGUAACUGCAAAGAAGCUCCAACUGAAUGCAGCAAAUGUCAMAAACAACACCUUACAGCACUCCACGACGAUUCUGUCACUAAGCAGGCGUCAGCCAGUCACUUGAGUAAAUCGUAUUACCAUACAUUUUGGUAA